CGACUUGUUGAUUGCAGCUUCCCACUCUUUGGGAAUACAAUAAAUUGAGUAUGUUGCACCUGGUUGCAAGCGUUGUAAAGUCUGGAAUUCAUGGAAGGACCUUUUCUUGUGAUAGUGGAAAACCUAUACCUGCUUCAAUAGACAUAAAAGGAAUAAAUUACACGAUAAAAGCUGGCGAAACGUUUGCUGAUUACCACCGCCUGUUAGCCCCAGGUGAAAAUUAUGAAGUGAUAGCAACAAUGACGGGAUACAAGCCAAAGAGGACGCAAAUUGUUCUGAAGGAAGAAGCCACGAGUCUGGACUUCAUUCUUGAUCCAGUAAUCGCGGCUAAUGCAGAUGGGUUUUUGCUUAAAAGAUGGGAUCACAGCUUCCUGCAUUGGUGGCAGUCGAACCUUUUUGUCAUUUUGGUUCUAAUAUUGGCCUUUCUCCUCUGCGUCUUUCUGAAGAAGAGCAGAGUGUUGAACCGUUCCAAGCAUAGACCGAACGGAGGAUCCAAAAGGCCUUCCUUAGUAUGAGCAUUUUGAGUUUACCCUACCAAAGCUCCAAAAAGUUUGGGGUUUUUUUUUCUUUUCACCUCACCAUAUGCACACGAUUUACUACUUGUAUGUGAUGUUAUAUCUUCUACUGCGUCAUUAUUACUCCUUGGCUAUGUACUUCUUUUUCGUUCCAAUUUAUUGUCCGG